AUGCCAUUCAGAUUCCCGGUCAAGUUCGAGCUCCCCAAACACAGCUACCUCAACAGUAGAGUGAUUAAGGACCAAUUUAAGAGAUUGCAGUUUGCCGAGCAUGAGGUAACCAGAAAGGCAUUGAAGUAUAUUGCCAGAAACACUGAGCUUCCCGCCAGAGCCAGAUUGGAGGCCCAGUUGCAGCUUACGGCUAUGCCCAAGUACACGUCGUCCACUCAAAUCAAGGAGAGAUGUGUUGCUUCCGGCCACGGACGGUCUGUCAUCACCGACUUCAAGUUGAACAGAACCGCAUUUAGAGAGAGGGCCCGUGCUGGUCAGAUUCCGGGGGUGAAAAAGGCAUCGUGGUAA